CUAUUCGACCAGUGAUUGUCUGAUAGUACUCGUCAGUGACUCUCCGCCAUGGCCAUGAUCGCGACGAGUCCUAUGCUCUAAGCGAGCCGUGUUGUUCUCGAAUAACACCUUGCUCUCCUCACUUCUGCACCCGACGACUGCGCCUUUUGUAUACCUAAAUCCACCGACUCAACGCACGCCUUCUUCUCCCCCCCCGCCCAGCCUCUCUCCUCUGCGUCACUCGCGGAGAAACAACUCCCGACUCGCAUCAUGGACGACCCCGACAUCUCAUGGCCCGCAUGGAAGUUUGGCCUGAAGCGGGACGACUUGUUUACGACGCUGCACGAUCAGUACAACACCUUUACCUACACCCUGCAAGACCCCGAAGCCUUUCACCACGAUGUCUACGAGAUUUCCCACCGUGCGGACACGGCCGAAGAGUUCCAUCGCUUCAUGGCGGCUCGGCAGCGGCAGCGGCUCUCUGAACUCGAGGAGUCCCUUGAAACGCUCGCUGUAGAGAUCAUUGCCAACCCGAAGUUGAUCGGUUCUGACCAGUGGCAGCACGCCCUUCAGCUCUUCCGGACCAAGUCGUUCGACUCCAUCGUCCGAUACUUUGCAAGCUACCUCCCCCAUGACUACCUUGAGCGCCACGGGCCAGGCUCCGUGGCGUCGACGUCGUCGUCGUUUUCCGAAGCCGAUUCUAUUCGCACGACCAGCACAAAGGCCAGCAGCGCCGGCGAUGCUCCUUACUUUGUCGACGACGACGAUGACGGAUUCUUUCCCCACGACUCCAUCACCGCCGAGCCCUGCGCUCUCGAUGCCUCCGACAUGCCCCUGUCGCCCGAGUCCGAGGGCUCCCCAUCCGAGUCGGCCGAUUCGCCGGCAUUCACCUCGACCAACCCGCCGUCGCGGUCCAUGUCCUUCUCCGGCAAGCGCUCGGAACACUUGGGCUCCCACUUUAUCAGGCGAUCCUCGAUUCAUGACGACGACGACCAGACGUCUCAAUCCGACGACGGCGACACGACCGUCACGUCCGUGUGCGAUUCCACGGAGACUCGAUCUACCUUUGACCCAACGGAUGUCGCCGACGAGGGCAAGGAGGAGCACCUACCUGUACACAUUGUAAAUGGUGAUGAGGAAGACGAUGAUUUCCCUCCCGCUCAACUACCCGAAGACGACUUCUGCAUUUUAGACUCACUCGAUACCGACUAUGAUACCCUUGACUCCGACACCCCUACCCCCAGGCAAGCCCCCGAAUCCACAGGCUAUGUCGACUAUAAAAUUCCGAUUCUGCGGAAAUCAUCACCACCGCAGCAACGCCCUUCAUGCCGCCGCUCUCCAUCGCCGAGAUCGCUUCUUGGCCGGCGGCGAGAGGGCACCCCCCCCCAAGACGUCCGGAGGAGUCCGGACGAGGCGCUCAGCAAGAUACAAAAGCAGCCGCUGGGAGAGUCGUCCGUCCGGAGGAAGCCAAAGAUCAGUAGCAGUAGCAGCAGCAGCAGUAGUAGCAGGAGGUGGUUGGCUUGACCCGAGGAGGCGGACGUGCGGCGCGGCGCGCUGGGCUUGUACAUAUAUCAUGAUGCUCACUGUACAUAUUCCGAGUCUUAUGACACUAAUGAUGAUACAAAAAACAUGAGAA